AUGCACCAUGGAUCAGUUAUGUCUGAGGAUGAAAUGUCAGAUUUGGACAGAAACCAUGAUUUGACCUUUGAAGAAUAUUUGAACAGUCGUGGCUGGCAAAGUAUCCGAAAAUCCUCUUUGAAUGAUAGAGAAGCAGACACUUCAGCCGACACUUCAGGAUCAUUCCACGGAGACAAUUUAAGAUAUAACCUAUUCCCCGAUUCAACAGAUCAGCUGGACUCAUUUGAUGGUGAGGUGGAUCGGUUGAGUGACCUCAGCUUCAGAACUUCAAACACACGUGGAGAAGACAGAAACGAUCUUUUGUAUGAGCAGCACCAACAUGAAUACCAGCAGGCACGUGAGCAGCAACAACGACCAGUGUUCAGACAAGAAAGAAACGGAGGGGGCUCCGACCAAUACUACAGUAGUUCUGAUGAGGAUGACGACGUAGUAAGACUUACAGAUUCUAUAACCAACGAAUUCGAGGUGUCUGCAGCAUACUACAACGAUUCUCUACACUUGGAUCUUACUGGAGACCGACCGAUCAGAGAAAGUCAAUUCAUAUACAGCAAAACAGAUGGAAAUAACAAGGGUUUUUACAGGAAAGUAACUGAAUGUACAAAGGUUUCACAUUUGGACCACACCAACGGUAUACCGCUCAACCCUAAGGAUUCACUAGAGAACUAUAAUCGGGCGGAACACCUGGGACUGAAUAACACGACUGUUGAUAGAGUACUCCAAUCGAGCGAUCCUAUGUUUGCAAUGUCUAAUCAGCCGAAAGCUAAAUUUCAUCCUUCAACAGUGUUAGAUGUACAAGGAUUGGGACAAACAAAGCUCGAGCUUCAACCUCAAUUUCGCAGCCCCUCGGUUUACUUCAAAAGUAAUCUAUCAGCAACUUACUGCAAAAAUGGCUACCAAGUUUUAGUAGUGGCAAUUGGUUGCAAUUUACACUUUUACAAUAUGAGCGGAAUAUCAACUCAUGACUCCGAAACUUCAUCUUCAUCUUCAUUUAUUUCUAAGACAGAUUUUCCAUUUAUUGGAAAUUUGAAUCUUGAAUUUCGAAAUGAAACUAAUACACAGGUUGAGAAUUCGGUGAACCCUCUAGAACGCUAUUCAAUAAACUACUUAACUAUAAAAACUUUUAGAGAUCCUGCGAACAAUACCAAAUAUGACGUUUUGGCGGUGUGUAAUGAUUUCAGUCAAGUGAUUGUACUAGACAUGAAAGAGAUAAUGAAUCAUUUCUUUAGCUCAGACUAUAAAGCUGCCACUGAAACUGAGACCUUCAAUUGGCUUUUCUUCAAUGAUGAUAGCAUGGUUUUCGAGUGUGUAUGUGCAAACAAGAAAAACUCUUUUUUCAGGUCCACGUUAAAGGCAUUUGAUAAACCAUUAUAUGUUAAUGCUAGUGCAUGGUGUGUGGAUAUAUGUGACGCAAUGGUUGCAGUUUCCGAUAACUUGAGAAGAAUCACCGUUUUUCAACAGUCAUCAAUCCGAGAAAAGAGAAUGAAAUAUCAAUCCUCUGUUUUAAGCCAUAAUAUUCCUUACCUUAACAUAGUUCGCAACGGUGUCGAGAAUUAUCUUAUAUGCUGUGGAACAUAUGGUUCUCACCAAUGUAUUUUAAGUUUAACCUCCAACAAAGUUGGAGAAUACUCAUUACAUGUGCUUGAUGUGGUUGAAGCUGAUGGUCCAGUGUGGACAUGUAAUUUUGUCAAGGAAAGUGAUUUCAUGGAUGUAAGCUCACUCAAAGAGUUGACUGGUGAUUUGGUGACCGAUCUUGAUGGCCAGAAAUUGGACAAGAUAAUAACACAGAGUUCCAUUCUAGAUACCGGUAGAGACUUUGCUGGAUUGUACUCUUCGCAUAUAGGUUUGAAUGCCUACCUAACCCAUCUGAAUAUCCCAUCCAUUACUAGCCGCCAUUCCCAGAAAAAAUCGAAGUCUAAAACUAUGGCAGUUAAUGAAAUUAAUCAAUUGGAAAGAGUAAGAAAAUUAUAUUCUGAAUGGUAUAAAGCACGCAGGAUGCCCACGGACUCAGGCUUAAGGCGAGAGAAGAGUAAACUGGCAGCUGCUAAGUUGCAUGAAACCAAUCACCUCUUCAAUUAUUUCAUUGUAACAACUACCACACAAUCUGUAGGCUUAUUCUUGAUGAGAGAGCUUAUCAACUUAGGAACAUGCAAACAAGUUUUCCCAAUUAUCGAGUCGCCGUAUAUUGUUGAAAGGCCAAACACUAAUGAAGAUACAGAUAAUGAUAUUAAUGCCAGUGGUAGAACAGAUGUUGCUGCAAUUUUGAGUCUGAACGAGUAUGUUUCUUUUAGCUCGGGAGCAAAUCGUCGGAACCCUAUAUUGCCACCACGCUAUCAAUUUUUGAAUCGGAUAUAUUUGUCAUUUCCCGUCUUAUCAUUGAACGCUAUUGUUAUAGCCACACAAGCUGGCCAAGUUGCAGUGUUUCGCCUAACGAAAUUUAAUGGACUGCACAGCAUGAGACUGGAGUCCGUAUUGAUUGACGCUGAGAUGUACGCCAUGGCGCAAGAUGGCCGUCUUCGGAGCAUAAUAGGAUUGACAGGGAGUGUUUGCGGGUAUGACAAUACUGGUGAGAGCGAGUGGAUGAUAGUGGUAGUGUACAGCGAUAUGUUGACAUUGAGCUACAAACUACACAAGAACAAAAGAGCUGGCGAUGAAGGAAGAUUGUCCGUAUUAAGUAUAGUGUGA